CCCCAGCUUGACCUACCCAGCUUGACCUCCCCAGCUUGACCUACCCAGCUUGACCUCCCCAGCUGUAGCUCUGCCGUCUUGCAGGUCAGUUGCCAGCUUGCAUGUGGACGAGAACACCUCUGAGAGCAACAUUUCUGUCAUGGAUGUCAGGCCCUCCAGUCGCAGCGGCAGGAGCGGCGAGAGGUCGCCCUUCGAGGGGUCGUGUUGCGGCUCAUCUUACGUGUCGUCUGAGGCGUCGCUGGAGGUCGCCAAGUACAGAGUGGUGCUGCUGGGAGAGACGGGCGUGGGCAAGUCUUCUCUCGUCAACCAGUUCAUGACCUCUGAGUACAUCAACACCUACGACGCCUCCCUAGAUGAGGAGUUCGGGGAGAAGAGUGUAUCAGUGCUACUUGACGGAGAGGAGAGCGAGGUCACCUUCAUUGACCACCCUGCGCACGAGAUGUCCGUGGAGAACAGCUUGUCGACGUACGAGCCUCACGCCUGCGUGGUGGUGUACUCCAUCACAGACAAGGGCUCCUUCAAGAAGGCGGAGGACACCCUCACUUACCUCUGGAGGGAGAACUACACCAAGGACAAGGCGGUCAUCCUCGUCGGCAACAAGGUCGACCUCGCCAGGGCACGCAUUGUCAACACCAGCGAGGGGAAGUCUCUGGCCAGGAGCCACGAGAGCAAGUUUAUUGAGACGUCGAGUGGGAUACAACACAAUGUUGAUGAGCUCCUUGUGGGGAUCGUCAAGCAGGUACGCCUGCGUCUGGCCGCCCACAGGAAGCGCCUUAAGAAGAUGUCCGCCUCGAAGACGUCUCUGAGUCUCCACGCCGCUAAGGAACUACUAAACAAGAUGUGCAUCAUCGACAGCAAGUCCAAGUCUUGCGAGAAUCUCCACGUGUUGUAGAAGACG